AUGUUAUAAGUUGAAAGAUUAUUAAGGCCAAGAAAAUCAAUUUCAAAAAGCUUAAUAUUAUAAUAACCAGAUCCUUUAGAAUAAGAUAAUACUGGUAAAGCCAAAGAGCAUUUUAAACAUAUAAGAUAAAAACUUAAAGUAAUUAAUUAAGCAGGAUCACCUAAUCCAUCUCCAAAAGAAGAAAAUUAAAAAUAAUAACCUAAUAGAAGAGAUAAGAAAGGUAAGAAAUUGAAAUAAUAAAAACCUCAUUAUUAAUUGGAUGUUUCAGAUAUUAAUUCUUCAAUUACAGAUGAAUCUUUUGAUAAAGAUGCUAAAAACUAGUUCUUAAUUGCUAAAGAUAAUCUAAAAAAGUUAAGUAAAUAAACUAAUCAAAAUAAAAAUGCUUCUUCCUUUACUAACUCACCUCUUUAAUAAUAAUAAGGUAAGAAUGAUUCUUUACGAAUUGAAUCUUAGUAAGGAAUUGAUAAUCAAUUUGAUUAAGAAAAAAUCAAUAUUAAUUUUGUGAAAUCUUUAGAACAUAAUAUUGAUUGCAAAAAUAUUCAAGAAAGUUAUGAAGAUGGAUAUUUAAAUAUACAUAUAUUAAGUGAUGAUUUAUAAACAUUUUUGAGAUAUGAACAUGAAAUUUAAGAAAUGAUACAUAGAUCAUAAUAAUUUACAAAUAAUAAAUUAAUGCAUGAAGGAUUAUAAGAUGAAUUAGAGAAUUAUGAACUUAGUUUAAAUAGAUAAAAAUUAGAAAGAGAAUAAAAAUAAAAAGAAUUUGUUUAAAGAAUAAUACUAUAAGAAUAACAAAAAUAAAAUAUAUUUCAAAGAGCUAAAACUAAAAAAAUUGAUGAUAUUGCUAAUAAAUUUAUUGAUCAUCAUCAUAUUGAAUUAAAAAAUGAUCCAUUAAAUUAAGCUCAUCUUAGUAGAAGAAAAAAAGAAUAGCAGUAAUGA